AGGGCCAACGCGAGAAGGCGGAGAGAGUCCCCAAACAGGCCUGGCGGGGCGCCACGUCCGCGCGUGGCCGACGCCAUGUUGAAGCCUGGCAGAGGCCGGGAAGUGGGAGUGAGCCUGUGGGUUGGGUGGGAAGGCGACGCGGGUGAGGGGCGGGCGAGCAGCCUUAUCCUCGCGUAGCUGUAACCUGGGUACCGAGAGGCCAGCUUCACUCCGACAGUUCCGUCUUGGCUUCCUCAGCACCACUGCGCAUGCCUGAAAUGGUUUGGCAGUAGCUGUUUCUUUUUAGUUUGGGUUUCCGAAGGAGCAUUUGCCAGUUUCUCAAAUUCCUGAGACUUCUACACUUAAGAACAUGAGCGACUGGAUGCCCAUUGCCAAGGAAUAUGACCCGCUUAAAGCUGGCAGCAUCGAUGGUACAGAUGAAGACCCACAUGACCGGGCUGUGUGGAGAGCCAUGCUGGCCCGCUAUGUCCCCAACAAAGGAGUCACCGGAGACCCCCUCCUUACCCUGUUUGUGGCACGACUGAACUUGCAGACCAAAGAGGAGAAGUUAAAGGAAGUCUUCUCCCGAUACGGUGACAUCCGACGGCUACGGCUGGUUCGGGACCUGGUGACAGGCUUCUCCAAGGGCUAUGCCUUCAUUGAGUACAAGGAGGAGAGGGCCCUGCUGAAGGCCUACAGAGAUGCUGAUGGACUGGUCAUUGACCAGCAUGAGAUAUUUGUGGACUAUGAGCUAGAGAGGACCCUCCGUGGCUGGAUCCCUCGGCGUCUGGGUGGUGGGUUGGGUGGGAAAAAGGAAUCUGGGCAACUGAGGUUUGGUGGCCGGGAUCGACCUUUCCGAAAACCCAUCAACUUGCCAGUUGUCAAGAAUGAGCCGCAUAGAGAAGGGAAAAGGGAAAGGAGGGAGCGAUCUCGGUCCAGGGACAGACACUGGGACCCCAGGCCCAGGGAACGGGACCAUGAUAGGGGCCGAGAGAAGCACUGGCAAGACAGGGCCAGGGUGUGGCCUGAGAAUGAUUGGGAAAGAGAGAGGGAGUUCAGGGACGAGAGGGCCAAAACCAGGGACAAGAGGGACAGAAGUAAGUAGAGCCAGCAGCAGGCAGUGGAUGCCCACGCAGAGGGUAGGGGCUGAAGCCACCAGGCCUCCGUCAGGCUGGGGCCAUUCCUUUUGCAGUACUGGGGAUUGAGCUGGAGAGCACAGGCAUGCCAGGCAAGCACUCCAACCACAGCCACAUAGGAUGAGAGGGAGAAACAACUGUAUCCGUCACCCACUCAAGUGGAAAUAGAAAGAGUUCACAUGCCGUCAUCCCAGCACUCGGGAGUUGGAGGCAGGAGUAUGAAAGAGGAUGAUAAAGAAUCUAUGACCAGAA